CUUUAUUUGAUCUUAUUUUCUGGCGUUUUCGUUCUCGUUAUCGCAUUCAGUAUCUCAAGUGGAGCUGAGUUAUGCAGCAUAAAUUGCAUAAAUUAAGAUGACUCAGCGCCAAGCAUCCGCGACCUUCGACCUCAACUUCGCUUGUCUCCCACUUGCGCCGAUAGACACGAUCAACUGCAAUCAUGGCCGGUCCAAGCAAGUCGUUGGUCCUUGACCCGGCCCUCCAGAAAUACUACGAACUCACCGCCAACCGCUACAAGUACUUCCGCUGGACGCCGCGCCACGCCUGGUUUUCGUUCGUCUACAUGGUUGCCAUUCCCGGUGCUUUGGGCUAUGUUGCCUACAACACUGAUGGCAAAUACCACCUACGUGGCAAGAGGAGGGAGGAUUCCAUUGCGGAGUUUUAAGUGAUAUCUCGGUUGUCUUGGAGUAUUAUGGGGUUUAUAUUCCGACUCUGGACGUGUAUUCAUUAGAGAUUUACUGCAUUUCUUCCAACAUGAGAUGUGCUGACGA